CUCCGCGCCUCUCCGCGCCGCUCCGCACCGCUCCGCACCGCUCCGCGGCUGCCGGGCUUCGCGGCUGCCGGCGGGAGGAGCCGCUGGGUGUCACUCUGGGCCGGGAAAGGCGCCUUCAAAAGGCGGAGGGGAGGGCAAAGCCUCCGGCAGAGCCGCCCGCCCGCCCGCCGCAGCCCCGCCACCCCACGCCACGCCACGCCGCGGCACGGGCGGCAGCCGCUCCGCUUCCCGCGGGCCGGGGCGCUCCCGGCCCUCCGCCUCGCAGCCGGAGCCGGAGCCGGGCGGCGAGUUUUGGGGUGGUGCCGGCUGCCCCCCGACCCCAGCCCCUGCGGGCGGAGGCUCCCGGCCCCGCCAGCCCAUGCGAGGAGGAUGUUGGAGAGCGGCUGCAAGGCGGUGAAGGAGGGCGUGCUGGAGAAGAGGAGCGACGGGCUCCUGCAGCUCUGGAAGAAGAAGCGCUGCAUCCUCACCGAGGAGGGGCUGCUCCUCAUCCCCCCCAAGCAGCCGCCGCCGCCGCAGCAGCCGCCGCCGCUACCGGCCGAGCCGGCGGCCAAGAUCAAGGAGCUUCACUUCUCCAACAUGAAGACGGUGGACUGCGUGGAGCGGAAGGGCAAGUACGUGUACUUCACGGUGGUGAUGGCCGAGGGGAAGGAGAUCGACUUUCGGUGCGCGCAGGAGCAGGGCUGGAACGCGGCGAUCACGCUGCAGAUGGUGCAGUACAAGAACCGCCAGGCCAUCCUGGCCGUCCGCUCCACCCGCCAGAAGCAGCAGCACUUGGCGCAGCCCCACGGCCCGCGGCUCCGCAGCGCCUCCAACUCCGCCUAGCACAGGUGAAGUUCACGCAGCGUUUCGGGGAAGCGGGACCGAGGGCGUUUCGUCGCGGGCGGACUUCGGUUGGUCAAAAACUGGGCAAAGAGCCGGAGGUGCGGGUGGGCUGGAGAGCAGCGGCUCAGCCCGAACCCCAGGGCGCUGCUGCUGCUGCUGCUGCUGCUGCUGCUGCUGCUGCUGCUGCUGGUGCCGCCGCUUCGCCGCCCUCGGUGCCGAGAAGCAUUUCAAAUCUAUUAUUUAUGAACCGUGGAAAAGAUCCUUUGGUGUGGCGGGACUUCUAGGAGACAUGAUGUACUGUAACUUUAUUUUAAUGUAUUUUAUUUUAUUUAUUAGGGUUGUUUUUUAAAAAAAAUUUUGUUUGUUUGUUUUUUGUUUCUUAAAGGCUCUUUGCAAGACAUUUCUGAAUGUAGGCUGUAUCCAAAAGGCAGAGGGAAAAAAUAUAUACGUUAGCUCCCUAAAGGAACUAAAAAGUUCUAGGUAGUUUGGCCGAUGUGCAAUUUGACAAAAGAGUUUUUCAUUUUUACCCGAAAUACCCUGUAUUAUGCUAACACGGAAAAUGUGAUGUGUGGUUUGGAAUUUGGCUGAAACCCAUACUGCAUAUGAAAACUAUUCUCUCUAAUGAGAAUAGUAAUUACUGUCUGGGUUUUCAGUGGUGGUUUUUUUUUUUGUUUGUUUGUUUUGUUUUGUUUUGAGUCUUUUUAAAAAAACCUGUUAUAUGUGGUAGAAGAUGAUAAAAUUUAUUCAUGCUUGGUUAUUCCAAAAAAUAACACUGAUUGUCAUUCUGAGACUAAAACCGAUCUAUGUAAGGUAUGAGCGGAGGGGAACCUGACCAACUUCUUUUGCGAUAGAGGAAUUGCAGUUGGAUUCCAGUUACUGGUUUGAUGUGCCUGCUCCUGGGCUGGAGCUGAGAAGCGCUUAUGAACGUUUCUUAGUGUCCAAGUUCAGGGCUCCCUCUGCACAGUGGGUUUGUAAGCAGUCUGGGCUCUCGACCUGUGUUGAAUUUUUGUGGCGGUUUUCAAAUGUCUUGCAUUAAAGUAGCCCCUAGUUUUAAAUCCAUUUUAUGUAUGUCUUAGCGUGCAAACGGAUUACUUUGGUCACAGUUUUCAUAAGCUGAAAGUUGCUCUCUAGCUGAGAUAAACUAGAUUAAUUUUGGUGUUUAGCACUGUCAGAUGUUGAGAGGGGCGCGCGAUCUCGCCUUUCAACCGUUGGCGAAGCUGUGAAGUUGGAAAACAAAGGGCUAAUUGCACAGCUGGUGUGUCUUCCUCUGUCUCUCGGGAGGCAGUGGGAGUUUGGCCGUGGAUGCUGGUGAGAGUGGGGUGAAGCAGCUCGCCCCGGUGCCGAGGAGGGAGCUGGGCACAGCCCUGUGUGCUUUCUAGGACAGGGCCCUUUAGGCGACGGGUGACUGCCCGGUGCGUGCUGCUACGGCCCGCGUUCUCCCCUUUAAAUUAAGUGGGGAGGUUGUAAGCAGGCUGAUGUGGCCCGUUAUCUUGAGUUGGAGGUAAAAAGUCGCAGCCGUGGAGCUAUUUGUUUGAACUAGCGUGGUGAGGAAAACGGCUUUUAACCCCUUUACAAGUUACAUAAAUGUAAACAAGACCUUCUAAAGCCACACAUCCAGGACUUUAUGUUUGUGUAACUGAAGGUGUAGCUUGACUGUAAAAGCCCCACAUUCUUGGUUCAAGCUGCUUCUGUAAGUGUCUAAAGCAAACGAGUGAAGUGACACUCAAAGGAAGAUCUCGGAAUUGGCCACUGCACAUGCUGGUCCCUUCCUCUGCACGCUAAGCUUAAGCUCAGCCCUCCAAGGAAUAAGUUGAGACCUCUUUUAGCCCUCCUCUUUUGUUCCUUGCCCCCAGGGGUCAGGGUGACACACCUAGAUGUGCAAAACACGUCAUGGUGCAGAAUUAAAGCCUGGAUCUCGGCAGUCCUCUGUGGCUACUCCUGAGCACAUCUUUCCCAUCCUGGCCCUUGACAAGGUUGCGUGAUGAGCUUGGGGUGGUAGAUUCCAGCUGUCCCGACAAAGUUAUUACUUUGAGACUAAUUGAAAUCGAAGGUGCCCUGCAUCUUCUAGGAUUAGAUUCGCUGUCUUGGCAAUCAUAAUAGCUAAUUUCCACAUUUCUGUACAUCUGCCAUUAUCAUUCUGCUAACGCUUGGAUGUUAGAGCUGCGAGGGGAUUCUCUAAUGAGCUAGUCAAAGACAAAAUAGACUGUAAUUUGUAAUUUGGCUCCUCUCUUUAGAGUCAUUAAUUACAGUUUACUGAGUAACUAAUCCACCUUUUCAGAUAUACAGACAUAUCGCUGAUAUCUCACCUACUAAAAUAUGUUCUAGCCUACUGAAGGAUAAAUGUAAUUGAUGAAAAUUAAUUCCUAUGUGGUCAGAGACAUGUGUAUUUCUCUAGGAGAGGCGGCUAAUCCUGUCCUCAGUCAAUGCAAACCCCUGAAUGCCACAAAAGUCUAUGGAUCUAGUCCAAAGCUAAAAUAGUGCUGCUCUUCCAGAAGUAUUUGUACUCCAAAAAUGAAAGAUGACAAUUUUAGUGAUGUAAUUGCCAUUAAGGUUUGAGAAAACGGCUUUUAUUUUGAAUUUGUUGCUCUCUUUCACUGGUUCAAGGUUAACGUCCAUCUUUUAUCUUAUGUUUCUCAUUUUAAGUUGGUCUGAAGGAUGCUCUCAAAACCGUUUGGACUGAUGUAGUUCACCAACAGACUUUUGCGGGUUGUUACUGCCUGCCGUGUUACCUUUUUAAAAGCGUCGGUGUUGGCCACACUCUUUGUGUGAGAGAUGGGCACGUCACAAAAUCCACAUUGAGCUGUUGCUGUGCCUGCAGCCUGAGCUGGUGGGAUGGGUGUAAGGAUCAAACCUCUCCCUUGCGCCUCCAGACUGUCUCCUGGAAGCUGAAUGGGAACAAAUUGGCUGGGGACCCCUGGGGACAGUGGGACCGUGUGGCUCAUGCCAUGUCAGUAUGAAUAAGGCUAAAUUGUCUGAUGUGGACAAUCCAACAACUUUCUCACGCUUUAAAUUCCAUUUUUUUUUUUAUAGUAAUUUUAGACCAAGAAAUUAUUUGCUGUUAUAAAUGAGGUAGUUCAGAGCUUUUUUUGGCUUGACCCUCUACUACUGCAUAGCCUUCAUUGGAGCUACUUCGUUAAAUACUGUCUGUCACUGCCUUGUAAGCAAUGGCUAUGAAAAUAGGGCCAGCAGAUCAUGUUCGAUCUUACUGCAGCUUUGCAGGUAAAGAAAUGAGGUUGUCCUUCCCCUUAAAAAAAAAAAAAAAAAGCCAACAGCAUGUGGCUGAAACAAAAUCAUUAGAGAAUAAACAAAAAUGCCAUUAAAACACAUACAGACAAAUACUUGGUAUAGGUAGCAAAAGUGUGGACAGUCAGUUUGUAGAGAAGUCAAAAUUACAUGUCUUAAAAAAAAAAGUGAUUAAGGGACAGAUUCGACAAGAAAAUAAAAGCUGUGGUGACCCGUAAAAUUUAGAAAUUGUAGGAAAAGGAACAUCAAGUGGAUGUUGUCUCUGAAAUCCUGAAAUAAUUCCUCAUUUUUUAAGGUUCAUGAUAUGCAAAUACCAGCUUCUGAAUUAUAGCUGCAGUGAUGUACCAAAUGUUUUCUAGCAUAUCCUAUUGUGAGCAGAAAUAUCAGUGUCGUCAAAAAAAAAUUGUGUGUAAAUAUGACUCAUAAAUGAUUUCUGAGAGAUGUGAUUUAUUUUUCAUAUUUUUCAAGAUGCAUUCCAUUUCAAAUAAAGAGGUAUCUAUUGAAAGAGCUCUUGAUAUGUUGGAGGAAUGGUUGUUUGAUGGGCUAUCUGAUUAAAGCCUGAUCUAAGCUUU